AUGAUAGUUUUAUUUACAAAUGUGAUAUUUAAAAGAUCUAUAAAAUGGACUUGUAGACUUCUGUUGCAUGGUCAAUAUUUUGUCCAUCCAAAGAUACAAUGUUGUUGUUUGUUUAAAAAUUAUUAUAGUACUGGUGUACCCACUAGUAAAGUAGAAAUACUUAGUUGCAAGGUGAAUGAAAACAUAAUAAAUCAUAUCAAGAAGGAGUAUGAUAUAGAUUCCAAUUCGAUCAACUUAAAUGUGAAAAGGAGUUGUGAAGAAAAAAAUAUUUACGAAAUGAGUAUGAGAUGGAGUAAUUUUUUUAAGUGUGAAAAAAGUUUGUAUAAUGUUAUUAAUAAAUAUUUAAAGACAAACCGUAUAGAUUAUUACUUACAUAAUUAUUUGAAAUUGACAUAUGAUGAGAAAUUAGAUAAUAUGGCAAGUGUGGCAGAAGGGACAAAUUUGGAAAGCCCUAAUAAUUCUCCAUUUAAUUCAGAGGAAGAAAUAAAAAAUAUACUCAUUUAUAUAAUGGCUCUAUCUUAUAAAAAUAUACGUGACUUUAAUAUUAUAUCUGCCUUAAGUGAAAAGUUAAUAAGCCUAUUAAAAAAUUUAACAAAGGAAUAUAAAAACAAGACUUUAAUUUUUACCAUCUGUGAAGUGUAUAAUUGUAUAAAAGCUAUGAACGAUGAAUUGUUUUCCAUUCUUUUUGAUAUGUUGAACAGUUGUUAUGUAACUUCAAGGUCUGAAAAUAUAAUCAUGAAUGAGGAGGAAAUUUUACUAAUUUUAAAAACUCUGUAUAAUCAAAAUUAUAAAAAUCAUUCAAUAGUUGAUACUGUUAUAAAUUCAAUUAAAAUGGGUACUAAUUUAAAAACAAAUGUUUUACUAGUCAACUCAUUUUUUUAUUUAACUUUAUUAUCCCGUAUGGACAAUUCGCUAAUUGAGAAUUUGCACUCAUUUCUUUUUUAUGUAACAAAUGAGACUUGUCAAGGGUCUCUGAAUGAAAUGAUGGAUAAUCCAAAAACAUUAGCAAACCAGGGUCACAUAGAUAAAUUGGUGAAGGAGGGAAAAAGACAAACUUGUAGUGACAAUAUAUAUACAACGGAAAACUUCGAAAAAACGGACGAGCCGGGAGCAGAUGUGAAGAGAACAAACAGUGCAAUAUGUGCAGAUUAUACAAAAUUAAAAAUGGAUGGAAUAAAAUUCAAAAUAGAAUUAUCAGCUACUGACUGCAUAAAGCUGCUAUAUUCCUAUUUGGCUUUGGGAGAAGAUUACAUUAAUUGGUUUCUCAUUCAUAAGCUACUUCUAAAACUUUGCGAUGACAUAAAAGAUGAUGAAAAUAUUUUAUUAAUAAAGGAAAAGAAGAAAACCCUUGAAAUGGUUUGCAUUAUAAGAAGUUACCUGAGGUAUAAGAAAAGAAAUUUUUAUGAUAACCUACCAAAAUAUGUAAAAAAAAUGUUAAAAAAAAUAUACAUGAUGGACAUACAUGAAAAAAAAAUCAAUGAUAGACUAUUUAACGAAAAGCUAUCAUGGCAUCUAACAAAACUGCGUAUUCCACAUAUUAGAAAUGUGUAUAAAGGUGGAAUUGUAUUUGAUAUAUUAGAAAAGGAUAAAAGACUUGUUUGGUUAUGUUUUUCCUAUCAUCAUUAUUAUGUUAAAACGAUUGACUUAACUAUUGAAAAAUUAUUACAGAUGGACAUCAUACAGUCAAUGAAUUAUAAAAUUGCUAAAAUACAUUAUUACCAAUUUUCAAGAAUGAAAGCUAGAAGAACUAGAUUUGAAUAUAUAAGAAUGUGUAGGUAUUAUUCGUUGCGUGAUAGAAGAAAUUUUGAUGACCAAUUUGAGGGAUGGAAUUUGCCAUAUAUUAACUGGUAUCAUAAAAAAAAUAAAAAUGUCCACAUUUCCAACUACUUCUAUAACUACACACCCGUAUCCCAAAUGGAAUAUUAG